GACUCAUGGACGACCUGAGUUAAAAGUUCGUGUUUUUUCGAGUAUAAUUACAUAAAAUAAAAUCAAAAAACAGCAAUGAUGUCUUCUAUAUUGGGCAGAAAUUUCUUAAGGAUUUCUAAUGUUCUGUCUUCUGCAAAUUUUUUCAAUAGAGUAACAAAUGCGUAUCUUCAUAGAAGUCACGUUGUCCUUGGUGUAAAAGGAAUAGAAAUCAAAAUGCCUUCGUUAUCGCCAACUAUGACUGAAGGAACAAUUGUAAAAUGGUUAAAAAAAGAAGGUGAGGACAUUCCAGAAGAUACAAAGGAUAUUAAAAUAGGAACUGUUAUUGGUCUUAUGGUUGAAGAAGGUCAAGAUUGGAAAGACGUAGAAAUACCAACAAUUACUGAAACACCUAUUCAAGAGAAGGUGUCAAGCCAAGAGAGAUUACAAGAAACUCCAAAAAAGGUUCAGAAAACAAGAAUGAUGGGUCCAGCUGUAAAGACAUUGUUAGAAAAAUAUAAAAUCAAUCCAGAUGAAGUAUCUUCUACAGGGCCACAUGAAGUCCUACUGAAAGUCGAUGUAAUGAACUAUAUUAGUAAAUACCAAAUUAAAGAAAAACCUAUAGAAGUAAUUGCUGAAAAACCUCUUUCUACACCAUCUAUACCAUCUAUCACACCUACAGAUAUUAGUGAUUAUAUAGAUAUUCCACAUACGAAUAUGAGAAGAACAAUUGCUAAAAGACUAACAGAAUCUAAGACAACAAUACCUCAUAGUUAUAUGUCUAUAUGUUCUUGUGUUGAUGAAGUUAUUCAGUUUAGAAAAGAAUUAAAAAAUGAUGGAAUCGAUGUCUCACUUAACGACUUUGUUAUCAAAGCUGUUGCUUCUGCAUUACAUAGUGUGCCAGAAGUGAAUGUAAUGUGGAUGGGAGACAGAAUUCAACAGUUAUCAACUGUUGAUAUAUCUGUUGCAGUGGCCACAAAAAAUGGAUUAAUUACACCAAUUGUUAAAGAUGCAGAUAUAUUGGGUAUUCAAGAAAUCUCACGGUCAAUCAGGGUAAAUGUUAAUUAGUUCAAACUCUUUAUUUACGUAUCAUAAUUCUUUAUAAAAAGAAGAAAAAAAAAUUGUAAUUAGUCCCACAUCA